ACGGGCACCGUUUCCCCCCGUGUCCCUGUCAGACUCGCGUCCGGGGAGGGUCUUGGGUGGGUUCUCCGGUCUGCAGAGUCGAGGGUAGGCCCGGCCCGGCAGAUACGUUGGCUCCAUCCUCCGCCGGCCUCCUCUCCCCAGUUGCGAGGUCCAGGGAACCCCCGAGCCGGUGGGAACUGAGCUCUCGGGCUCGAGUCCUAGUCUUCACUUUGUGUCAGACCCUGCGGGGACUGGAGAAGAAGGGAUCUGGGUGGAGGCACUCGGCCCCAGCCCCCUGUCCGGCCGGGGAGACCCCGGAACCCUAUCGAGGAGACAGGUCACUUCCUGCUUCCUGGCCCUACGGUGGCUUCUCGGCCAGGACUGCGGAGACGCCUCCUGUUUCUUCGCCUCCGACCCAAAGGGUGGAAACCGAGGCAGAUCGGGGGUGGGGCGGUCCCAUGGGGAUCGAAGAGGGAGAACUGCUGUUCGUGACAAAACCAAACUUGUUUGGGGUGGGAGGAUGAGGACUGGGGGGGUUAGCUUGAGUUGUCCCUUAGUCAGAAAGCCAGCCCCACUGAACAGAGCGGAGCCUUGGUCGGGAGCCCUCCGUAGCCCAAGAGAUCGAAGCCUGUCGUUCUGAAUAGUCACAAGCGGAGCCGAGGUGCCGGGGUGAAGAGUAAGAAAAUUGAAGUCAAAGACCAUGGGAGAUGCCGCAAAACCUUAUUUUGUGAGGCGUGCUAAAGAGCGAGGGACUACAGAUGAUGAGGAUUUCAGAAGGGGUCACCCCCAACAAGAUUAUUUAAUAAUGGAUGAUUAUGCUAAAGGCCAUAGCAGUAAAAUGGAAAAAGGCCUUCCAAAAAAAAGAGGAACACCAGGGAACUAUGGGAAUACCCCCAGAAAAGGACCAUAUGCUGUUUCUAGCAAUCCAUAUGCAUUUAAGAACCCUAUUUACAGUCAACCCGCUUGGAUAAAUGACAACCACAAAGAUCAGAGUAAAAGAUGGCUAUCUGAUGAACUUGCUGGUAAUUCAGACAGUUGGAGAGAAUUCAAACCUGGACCUAGAAUUCCUGUUACAAACAGACCAAGAAAAGACUCUUUUCAAGAAAGUGAAGAUGGGUAUAGGUGGCAAGAUGGAAGAGGGUGCAGAACUGUAAGACGACUAUUUCAUAAAGACCUGACAAGCCUCGAAACUAUGUCAGAAAUGGAAGCAGGAAGCCCUGAAAACAAGAAGCAGAGGUCCAGACCUAGGAAGCCAAGGAGGACUAGAAAUGAGGAAAAUGAACAGGACGGAGACUUGGAAGGCCCUGUGAUUGAUGAGUCUGUGCUUUCAACUAAGGAGCUGCUGGGCUUGCAGCAGGCUGAGGAGCGAUUGAGAAGAGACUGCGUCGACAGGCUGCAAAGGCGACCGAGAAACUACCCUACAGCAAAGUACACCUGCAAACUUUGUGAUGUUUUCAUUGAAUCCAUUGCAUUUGCUCAUAAGCAUAUCAAAGAGAAGAGGCACAAGAAAAACAUUAAGGAGAAGCAGGAGGAAGAGUUGCUCACCACGUUACCCCCGCCUACACCCUCCCAGAUAAAUGCGAUUGGUAUUGCCAUUGACAGAGUGGUACAGGAGUUUGGCUUACACAGUGAGAACUUGGAACAGAGACUAGAAGUUAAACGUAUCAUGGAAAAUGUGUUCCAACACAAGUUACCAGAUUGUUCUCUGAGAUUAUAUGGGUCAUCCUGUAGCAGAUUGGGUUUCAAAAAUUCAGAUAUAAACAUUGACAUUCAAUUUCCAGCCAUUAUGUCUCAGCCAGAUGUUCUCUUACUUGUCCAAGAAUGUUUAAAGAACAGUGACUCUUUUAUUGAUGUUGAUGCAGAUUUCCACGCUAGGGUGCCAGUGGUGGUGUGCAGAGAAAAGCAAAGUGGUCUUCUUUGUAAAGUGAGUGCAGGAAAUGAAAAUGCUUGUCUGACAACAAAUCAUUUAACUGCCCUUGGAAAACUAGAAUCAAAGCUGGUUCCUUUGGUGAUUGCAUUUAGGUACUGGGCAAAGCUUUGCAGUAUAGAUCGCCCUGAAGAAGGAGGUUUGCCACCUUAUGUGUUUGCCCUGAUGGCCAUUUUCUUUCUUCAACAGAGGAAAGAACCCCUUCUGCCUGUUUAUCUAGGAUCAUGGAUUGAAGGAUUCUCGUUAAACAAACUGGGGAAUUUCAACCUUAAAGAAAUUCAGAAAGACUCUGUGGUCUGGGAGUACACUGAUAAUGCUGCAGGGGACGCAGCCUCAGCAAAAGAAGAGGCACCAAAAGAAAUGCCCUUUAAAAGGGGACAGGUAUCAUUAAUAUUUGAUUUAAAACACCAGCCUUCAGUACCAGUUGGGCAGCUCUGGGUGGAAUUGCUUCGAUUCUAUGCUUUAGAAUUUAAUUUGGCUGAUUUAGUGAUAAGCAUCCGUGUCAAAGAAUCGGUAUCUCGUGAAUCAAAGGAUUGGCCCAAAAAGCGCAUUGCCAUUGAAGAUCCCUACUCUGUUAAAAGAAAUGUGGCAAGGACCCUAAAUAAUCAACCUGUGUUUGAAUAUAUACUUCAUUGUUUAAGGACAACGUAUAAAUAUUUUGCUCUUCCACACAAAAUUACAAAAUCCAGCCUUCCAAAGCCUCUGACUACUGAUACCUGUACUUCCAAACAUUCUAAAGAAGUAGCAAAACGUGAUCCAGAUGUACAAGCAGAAGGUGAUAAACUCAAAACCUCAGUUUUGGCUCAAGGUCCUGGUGCUGCCAGUUUAACUGCAAGCACCUGCAAGGUACAGUCACUGACUCUUAAAGAGACCGCUGAAAGCUUUGAAAGCCCAUCAACAGGGGAAAUGGGAAACACACACGUCAGUGUCCACCUGGAAAACUCAGACUGUAUCAAGGCAGAGGUCACUUGUGAUGACUCUGAGCAUGUUAAAGUACAUCAUCAAGAAACAGGAAGUAAAGAUGAGAAAGAAAAAUGUGGACUGGAGGCCAAGCAUCCUUUGACUGCUGGUGAUCAAGCUUUAAGUAGUAGCAGAUGUGGAGAGCUUGUCAUCUGCGGCCGCCCAGGAAAUAACGAGACCGAUGGCACUUUGGAUUUAAAAGGCUUCGAAAAUCCUACAGCUAAAGAGUCUGACGAAUUUGCUACUGUAGCUGACAAGGCUGAUGUUGAUGAAGAAAGCAUUGAAGGUACAGAUGAACUUGGAGAUGCUCUAAGCCACUUUACCCCUUCAAGACAGGGCCAGACAUCAGGAGUCAUUCACUCUGAUGAAGAAGAGGAGGAGGAAGAGGAGGAGGAGGAAGAACCCAGGCUCUCCAUUUCCCGAAGGGAAGAUGAGGGUGACGUGGCUAAUGAAGAUGAGUUAGACAACACCUACACUGGAUCAGGGGAUGAGGAUGCCCUGUCUGAAGAGGACGAGGAAUUUGGUGGAUCUGCUAAGCGUGAAGACUUGAAAGAAUGUGGAAAACACCAGGUGGAUGGAAAUCUACUAAUGGAACUUAAUAAAAUCAGUCUUAAAGAAGAAAAUGUAUGUGAGGAAAAUUCAACUGCGGAUCACUCUGAUUUCUUCUAUGAAUUUAGUAAACUCACCUUCACCAAAGGCAAGUCUCCUACAGUAGUAUGCAGUUUAUGCAAACGAGAGGGUCAUCUAAAGAAGGACUGUCCUGAAGACUUCAAAAGAAUCCAGCUGGAACCUUUGCCACCAUUAACACCCAAAUUUUCGAAUAUCUUAGAUCAAGUUUGCAUUCAGUGUUAUAAGGAUUUUUCUCCAACUAUUUUAGAAGAUCAAGCACGUGAACAUAUUCGGCAAAACCUAGAAAGUUUCAUAAGACAAGAGUUUCCAGGAACUAAACUGAGCUUGUUUGGCUCCUCCAAAAAUGGAUUUGGGUUCAAACAGAGUGACCUUGACGUCUGUAUGACAAUUAAUGGACUUGAAACUGCUGAGGGCUUGGACUGUGUAAGAACUAUUGAAGAAUUGGCAAGAGUCCUCAAAAAACAUUCAGGGCUGAGAAACAUCUUGCCUAUUACAACAGCAAAGGUGCCAAUUGUAAAGUUCUUCCAUUUGAGAAGUGGUCUGGAAGUGGACAUCAGUUUGUAUAACACAUUGGCCCUUCAUAACACAAGGCUCUUAUCUGCUUAUUCAGCCAUUGAUCCCAGAGUGAAAUAUUUGUGCUAUACCAUGAAAGUAUUUACAAAGAUGUGCGAUAUUGGCGAUGCUUCUAGAGGCAGCUUAUCGUCAUAUGCAUACACGCUUAUGGUGCUAUAUUUUCUCCAGCAGAGGAACCCACCAGUCAUUCCUGUCCUUCAAGAGAUAUACAAAGGUGAAAAGAAACCUGAAAUGUUUGUUGAUGGCUGGAAUAUUUAUUUUUUUGAUCAAAUAGAUGAACUGCCCACCUAUUGGCCAGAAUAUGGAAAAAAUACAGAAUCUGUUGGGCAGCUAUGGUUGGGACUUCUUCGUUUCUACACAGAGGAAUUUGAUUUUAAAGAACAUGUUAUUAGCAUCAGGAGAAAAAGUCUGCUUACAACUUUUAAGAAACAGUGGACAUCAAAAUACAUUGUUAUUGAAGAUCCAUUUGAUUUGAAUCAUAAUCUUGGAGCUGGAUUAUCAAGGAAAAUGACAAAUUUUAUAAUGAAAGCAUUUAUAAAUGGGAGAAGAGUAUUUGGUAUUCCAGUCAAAGGAUUUCCAAAGGACUACCCCUCAAAAAUGGAGUACUUUUUUGAUCCAGAUGUGCUAACUGAAGGUGAGCUGGCCCCAAAUGAUAGAUGUUGCCGAAUAUGUGGGAAAAUUGGACACUUCAUGAAGGACUGUCCUAUGAGGAGAAGAGUGAGGCGACGGCGAGAUCAGGAAGAUACCCUGAACCAAAGAUACCCCGAGAACAAAGAGAAAAGAAGCAAAGAAGACAAAGAAAUUCAAAACAAGUACACAGAGAGGGAGGUAUCAACAAAAGAAGAUAAGCCCAUGCAGUGCACACUUCAGAAAGCCAAGCCAGUGAGGGCAGCUGUUGACCUGGGGAGAGAGAAGAUUCUCAGGCCACCAGUGGAAAAAUGGAAGAGACAAGAUGACAAAGACUUAAGAGAAAAACGUUGUUUUAUUUGUGGAAGAGAAGGGCAUAUUAAAAAGGAAUGCCCACAGUUUAAAGGCACUUCAGGUCUGUCUAAAUCUGAUUGUGUAUUUGGAUCCCCUUCUUCACCUAGCCCUUUGAGACCAACUGGCGCAUUUGUUCAGGCAGUGCUUUUACAUGAAGACCAAAAGAAACAAAAAACAUCUAUAUUUUUGAGUCCCCAGUCAGGUAGCCUUUCCAGUAAAUAUAUGACUCAGGGAAAAGCCUCAGCGAAGAGGACCCAGCAGGAAUCAUGAGGGAAGGAAAAUGCCGCACUCUAAAUGGCCACUCAGGCGUUCCUAUUCACUUUGAAAAUUAGGUUCAUUUCACAGGACACAGCAGCAUAGAUCAGGCUUCAACUUAACAUUUAAGGGAAAUGUCAGAUUUUUUUUUUAACUUAAUGAAAUUGGUAAUGAGGAAAAAAAUUUUUAAUAUAGUCUUACCUACUACAAAUCCCUGUAGAUUUAAGGAUUUUAAUAGAAAGCCAUGAUGUAUGUAUUGAAGACAGGUUUAAAAAAAAAAAUGUAACUAUGGGCCAGUAUUCAGGAAUACAAUUUCAUGCUUUUUAAUUCUUUCAAAGCACACUAAAAAUGGUGUGCUGAUAAACUCCAAGUAAAUUAAUCCUUUUUUUCUCUUAUAAAUCCUUUUUGUUUGUUUGUUUUGAAGAGGGGAAAUUAUAUUUAUUGUUGUUGACUGAAUCCUUGUGUGAAAACGUGUCAAAUAUGUGUGAACUGCCACUACUGUAUUUACGAUUUACAAACCUUACUUUAUUGAUAUUUGUAGAAGAAGUGAUAACGUGAACAUGAGUACCUAUUUAUGUGAGCCUUCCAUGGAUGAGCAGUGCCACUGAGGGGCUUUUAGUUUUUUUGCCUCUCUAAUUUUAAGUAAGUUAACAUAUAACUACGAUGGUCAUAAAAAUGAAGUAAGGAAAACAAGAGUCCUGUUUGCUGCUAAAAACAUUUUCAAAGGAAAAAUGACAGAAGUAAUUUUUACUUUUUAUGAUAUUCAGAAAUUAGGGUGGAGGACUUUUAAAAUCCCUGAUUAUUAAAGAGGCUAUCUCUGCCAAUCAUGAGUUUGAUUGGUAUCAUUUUGGUCUGACUGGAGCCCUCCUGGAACUGUUUCUCUAAUUCACAAGCCCUUCAGAAGUAGUACAUGGUCUAAACUAUGCCUCGGUUUAUUUAUCAUUUUGAAAUAAAAUCAGAUUUUCAACCUGU